AUGGCUACUGGCUACCGGGGUGCUGGGGCUCGGCCAGCCUCGGCCAGUCUGGGAGGCACCCCCAGGACCCCCACUGAGUCAGCCCACUUCAGCCAGCCCACCCAGCGCCCGCAGGGGCCCCCUGGCAUCUCACAGGACACCAAGGUGGUGAGUCCCGAGGGAGCCCAGCCCCACUUCUCAAAGGGCCUGCUGCUCUCAGCCUCGAUCCUGGCCCUCUGGGUCCCCCAAGGCUCCUGGGCCGCCCUCUGCAUCCAGAAGAUUCCAGAGCAUCCUCAAAAGAACCAGGACCUUCUCCUGUCUGUCCAGGGCAUCCCGGACACCUUUCAGGACCUCAACUGGUACCUAGGGGAGGAGGCCUAUGGUGGCACCAUGUUAUUCACCUACAUCCUGGACCUUCAGCGUCCCCAGAGGGACGGCAGUGCCAUGGGGCAGCGCGACAUCGUCGGCUUCCCCAGCGGCUCCAUGCUGCUGCAUCGCGUCCAGCCCACCGACAGCGGCACCUACCAGGUGGCUGUCACCAUCAAUCCUGCCUGGACCAUGAGGGCCAAGACCAAGGUCCAGGUGGACGAGAAGCAUGAGGAGCUGCCCGUUACAUACCUGCCCAUGAGCGCUGGCAUCUUGGCUGCCGUCAUUAUUGGAUCCCUUGCUGCCGGAUCUCUCUUCGUCGGGAGCGUGGCCCACCUCCUGUUAACAAGAAGCUGGAGGGGCCAGAGCCACAGAAUGCCUGCUCCAGGAGGCCAGGGCUCCUUGUCGGUCUUGUUCCCAGCUGUGUCCCCGGUGGCUUCAACGGCGCCCAACCCACGGAUGACACCCCCAGAGAAGCCAGAGGUGCGCCCCGAUCACGAUGCCGGUGACGAAAACAUCUACGAAGUGAUCCUCCUGGUGUCCCCCCUCAGUGACACGGGGUCUAGGAACACCACCGUGGUGAGCCCCCACCCCAUCCCCCCAAAUGGCCACUACCAGGACCUGCUGAACCCCGACCCUGCUCCUUACUGCCAGCUCAUGCCAAGGCCCUGAAGGGGCCCCAGAAAGGAAGGGCGAAAGCCUCAGCCCUCCCCUGGGGCCUGGCGCACGCAGAAAAGCCAUACCGGAGACCCCGCAGGGGCCAUGGGCCAACGAGGUGGACUCACACGAAGACUUGGGCACGUGUCCUGGGCCGGGUGCAAGAGAUCAUGACGGAUCUUGGACCCUCUGAGUAUACAAGCCACCCCUCAGUUCUGGUCCUUCCACGGCCUGGGCCACGUGCCCGCGAAAGGCAGGCUCUUUCUUUCUCCCAACACAAGGUCCCCUUCGCCGACCCCCUGCACCCCCCUGCCCCCCUGGUCCCCCCUUGCCACUGGAUCCUUGGGGGUGGGGAGAGAGGUCUCGGCCUGCCUCUAGCCAGGCCUGUAGCCAGACCUCACAGGCGCCUACUUGGCCCGGCUUCUGUCAGCUCACACCGCCCCACCCCUGCUCCCUCGUUGUCCUUGGAGCCCCUUCCCUACCACACAGGCCCGAAGGAUAAGGCACAUGGCAGGGAGGGCUGGCCUCACAGGCUAUGGCCCCGACGGCAGGCCUGGUCAGUUACCGGGGAGACCCCUUUCCUGCUCAGUCAGCAGGGGACCCAGCCCCUCUCAGCACUCAGUCUUUCAGAACCUGUGGCCAUUUUCUGCCCAUUGCCCAUCCCCCUGCUCCCAGCCUGACUCUCACCAAGGCCUCCUCUACCCGCACCCGACCCGGCUCCCAGAUGUGGGCCCAGUCUGUAGCCCCUUAAUUUAUUCAUCGGUUCAGCAAUAAA